AUGGACCAAGGAUAUUCUAGGCCUUCUAUCGACCCAUCUUCCGGGUAUCAGUGGGAAGCAGCGGGUACUUGGGAGCAGGAUACCACCAUGUCAGGCUUUCCGCGAGUGACGCACAUAAACUCUCCUGCCGCGUUAUACCCCUCCCCGCCAGGCUCCCUCGGGUCGGCCGACCGCACGCACUCGCUGCAAGAACUAACGGAGUCCUCGCUGAUCUCUCAUGGACACUCUCUCGCACUCAGCGAACAGGAUGUUAACGUUUCGAUCGAUACCGAUGUUGCAGACCGGGUCGUGUCUGUGUCGACUUCGUUUUGUCCUGGAUCCCACCCGACGGAAGGAGAUGUUGUGUUUUCCUCCAAGGACGAUGUCCUAUUCUAUGUGCACUCGGAUGUGAUCAAGGCUGCGUGCCCAGAGGCGUUCUCGUCGUUCCUUCCACUCCCUUCGUCGAUCCCAGGCGCCACGGCGAACGGCGCGGUAAUCAAAAUCCCCGAGGACGCGAUGACGCUCAACGUCAUCCUGCAUCUCCUGUACGGGAGCUCCUGUGCACCCAAUUCCCCCUCUCUAGACCAACUCGUCCACGCGAUCGACAGCAUGCCCGGAUACGGCAUCACCCCCUCCACCUUCAUCCUCCCGCAAACACCCCUCUACACCCUCCUCCUCUCGCACGUCCCGCACCACCCCAUACAAAUCUACGCCCUCGCGGCACACCACAAGAUCGAGCAACUAGCGUCCCAAACGUCCUCCCACCUCCUGGCGUUCCAGCUGUCGAAUGUGACGGACGAGAUGGCGAUGCGGAUGGGCCCGGUGUAUUUGAAGCGGCUGGUGUUGCUGCAGGCGGGGCGGUUGGAGGCGUUGAAGGGGCUGUUGUUGCAGCCGCCGGGGUUGCAUGCGCCGAUUGGGGGGUGUGGGUUUGAGGAACAGAGGAUGGUGACGAGGGCGUGGGCGUUGGCUUCUGCUUCGCUUGUGUGGGAUGCUAGACCUGACGGGGGAGAUGCUGACAAGCGUUUUGGUGAUAUGGUAGAUAUCUCGACUCAUAGGAUUCAAGCUGCGUUCAUGACGAUGCUGAAGGAUUUGGAGUGUCAAGAUUGCGAAGCUUCUGUUACGGCGCGGUUGAGGGACGUUAUGGUGAAAUGGUCUGCUUUGAAGUGUACCGUAUGA